GAAAUCAGGUGUCAAAUCAUUGAUUUAUAUGUAUGUAGGAUUGUUUUUUUUUGUUUGAUUUUUUUUUAUUUAAAGAGAAAAAAGAGUGCAUUUUUAACACUUUAAUUUACUCGCGAGCUACACACAAAAUAGAAAUCAUUAAAUGCUGAACUUACCGCCACAAUAUGACAAUGUUAGUUUUGAAAAGUGCUGUUUAGAGAGUUGUAAGAGCAUCACAAAAUUAUCCUAAUCUUUUUAGCUGGUAUGCGAGCAAGGACAAGAAAAAGGGGCGAGCAAUUGACGAAAAGCUGCCAGGAAAUGGGACAGUGUCCCGAGUUCCUUCACUCUUCAACUCGUGUGGCAACUGUUUUGGUGAAGAGGAGUCAUUCUAUGGAGGUUGUCCAAAAGGAAAUGAUAAUCAAUUUGGGUGGUGAUGAUGACGACAACAUGUCUGAUGAAUAUUUGAAUUGCCCACUAUCACCAAUCAUCAAUUUCGCAGGGAUCAAAAGAUCAGCCCCAGAUAGCGGAGAUCCUCCUAAUUCUAAACAUGCAAAAAAAAACGUUCUUUGCAUGUUUGUAAAUAUUCAACCCUCUUCCAUCCAGUAUAUCCACAUCCUCUAUUUUCAUCACAUGGACUGUUGCUUUAUUUUUACAACUGUUUUACAUGAACCCUGUAUACAAUUGUGCUUAAUUGUUAAUUUUUUGAAGAAAAAGCACCUACAAGCAAGCUUAUUAAAAAAGAAAAAAGUAAGCCUAAUGGAUUGUAUUCCAGUAGAGAUAUUAGAACAAAUUUUUUCAUACCUAGGACUCACAGAUCUUGGGAAUUGUUCUAAAGUAUCGACCGAAUGGAGGGAAAUAAUAAACAGCAAUUCAAUUUGGUCAAGGUUGAGCGCAGUAGUGGGUAUCCACAACAAGGAAUAUCUCAAAAAAAGUCUUGUCUACAAUCCAUUGAGGGCGUUUCGAGGAGUUGACGAUUUCUCGCAGCGGCUGUCCCCAGAUUGCCAUUGGAGGAGUCACUUCAAGAAGUACAAGUAUCUCGAGGAGAAUUGGCGUUUCGGUACGUUUACGGUUUUACACACAGGUUUCAAAGUGACUUAUUAUAAGGACAGGAUGGUUGCAAACACAAAUUCGAGUAAUAUUGAAUUAUUUGACAUUGAUAAUAAAGGAAAGAAAAUGCGAAUACCUGUGGCCCACUCAGAGUUUCGAGUUGACUCUAUUUUUAUACUGAAAGAAUUUUUAAUUUAUGUACAGAAGUGUUACAUUAUUUGCAUGAGGAAAAACGGCAAUACUUAUGAAUGUGUGUAUAAUAUCAAAGUCAAGAAUUCAAAGUGCAAUCACAAAAUUAAUACACUACAAGACUCAAGUCGCCUGACUCUUAAGUUUACAAGUCGGUACAUUGUCAUACUAGAUAACAAGCAUCCAUGUAAAUUAUUUUUUUACAACAUAUUUUCUGGUUUUCUCGAAAAAGAAGUGGAUGUGACACCAGAAAAGGCUUGUAUUAGAUGUCAUUUCAUUAAAAUUUUUGAAGAAAAGGUGUAUUUGACUUAUACGGUAAAUAACAACCACUUCAUUUCAUGUUACGACACUGUUGAAGGUGCGUGGACCCUCACUUUUGAAAUCGAUACACAAGCUUGUGAAUUGACGGUAUCUAGAAAUUUUAUAUGUGCAAAAAUCUCUACGGAACCUAAUAUGAAAAAUUGUGAACUUCAAGUCUGGCCCAUACAAAAUCAGGAAGAAAUGUACACAUAUUUCGCAGACAAACAUCUUCCGAUAAUCCUGACGUCCGAUGAUAAAAUCAUAUUUUCUGAUGAUGUAACGGUUCAUAUACAGGAACUGGUGCAACCUUCUAAAGUGGACUACAGUCUCAAGCUGAAUGGGAAGGUUGUCGACAUGAUGCCGGUAAUGAACAACCUCAUAGUUAUUAACACUUCAAUGUCGUUGCAACUAUGGGAUUGGAAGAAAGCAGAACAAAUGCAAACUUUCUUUCGGGACAAAGUAGUAUCCAUGUGGGUGGAUGACAAAACCGUUGUCUUAAACAAGUUCGAUGAACAGUUUAAUGGUUAUGUUUUAGCUUUCUGGUGAAAGAUUUCCCAAGAUGUACAUAUAAGAUGCAAUAAAAAAAUAUGAAAAUUAAUUUUACUAUGAUUAUUACUAAUUAUGACAUUAUUAUUGGUUAUCAUCAUUAUUUUAGGGUAAUAUUGAACAAGGAAUAGGAUUUCUUAUUUAUUAAUCUAAUUUGUAAAGUAAAUUACCACUAGGAUUUUUAAAAAAUAUAAUCAAAUCCAAGUCCAACUAGAAAUGAAGACUUCUAUUUGAGUGGUAUUUUUGUAGUAACAAUUGACGUAUCAGAGAAUUAUGAAACUUAUAUAAAACAUAAUGUGCGGUUUCUCAUUGAACUAGCUCUCGUCAUAAAAUGACGUCUAUUAAAACAAGCCUCCUAUGAAGCACAUUUCUUUAUUUAUUGUAUUAAUAUUAAAUGCUUAUAACAAUUGCGUCAUCGCUUGUGAUGAAAAUAAAAUUUUUUGGCACUUAUUGUUAUAGGCAAUUUGACUAUUUGAAUUAUAUUUUAUAAGUAGCAUGGGCUUUUUUUCCAGUACUUUUGCUUAUCAAUUGAUAUUAAAUUAUUGUCACACAUUUAUUUUUUAAGCAAAACAACACUUCAAAAAAAUUCUAAUAUUUAAAUGAAAUUUCUCACAUUUAAUAACACUGUGACAACAGUUUAUUGGUUUAUUCCAAGAAAUCUUGAUUGUUUUUAUUUCGUAAGUUAAAAGCAAAUUUACUUGAAGAUACUUUCAUGCAG